AUGGGACUCGAGUAUCACAAAUAUAGAAAGAACACGAUGUCAAUACAAAGAACGGGAGGGAAAUGCUCAGCCAAAACGCUUAUGGUUUACAAUUUGUUAUUUUGGGCAAGUGGGAUUGCCUUGCUGCUAAUCGGGAUUUGGGUGCAAGUUGAUCCGAGAAGAAGUUAUGUUCUUCGAUUAGUGCAUCUCUCGGAAAGGGAACCCUAUUUAUAUUGGGUUGCUUGGAUCUGUGUAAUUGCUGGUGCCUUCACUUUGUUGAUUGGAUUCUUGUCAUGUGUGGCGGCGAUCAGAAGGCUUAGAUGCAUGUUAGCUGUGUUUAUGAUUUUCCUGGUGCUGCUCUUUGUUGCCGAUAUCGCGAUCGGAACGCUGGCUUGGGUUUACAGAGCACAAUUCACAUUACCAAAAAUGAAGCUCUAUCUAACGAAUAUGACAAAACAUAAAUAUGGAAGGGAUUAUUGGGUUCAGCCACUCCUCGACAGCAUUCAGUUUUAUCUAAACAGAAACUCGACCCUUGAAACGGCAAUCAAUCGGUUAGUCCGUAGCAAUUAUGGGAUUUACUUGGAGAAACCACAUUUCGCAAGACUGACAGCUGAUAUUGAUCGAUUGCAUUACUACGGUGAAUGCUGUGGUGUCUCGUCGCCGAGAGAUUGGAGUACUUCGAGAUGGAGAGCGAGAAUUGAUGGAAAUGAGCAAAAACUAGAGAUUUCACUUGCCGAGGGAGUCGAAACUGGUGCCCUAUUCCCCGAAUCCUGUUGCACUCUAAUCAAAGAAGCUUCUCCACUUAAUCCAGUAGCCAAAAGUUUGGCUAGAUGCCAAAAAGAAGAUGCGCUCCCAUUUUGGAGACAUCGAAGGCAAUCUUGUUGCGGUGGUGAGAGUCCUCGAGAUUACGAGGAAUCAUUCUGGUUUAUCACUAAUCAUUUGCGAGGGACGAGGUCGUGGAUUCCUCCAUCAUGUUGUAAACAGACACAAGCGGCUCGAGCAUGGAAUAUUCAACCGAUUAACCCGAUGUGUAUCACUUAUUAUUACAACCAAAGCGCGUUUCAAACGUCUGUAAAUACAGAGGGUUGCUACGAAAAGAUGCACAAAUGGUUAAACGAGGUGACUCUCAUGUUUAUCAUUAUUGGAUUUUCUUUUGCUGGAUUGAUGAUGGUCGGCUUAGUGAUAUCAGUGUGUCUCUGCAACAAUAUUCGCUACUAUGUGCAAGUUGAAGAAUAU